UUUUGCGUUGUUUGGGCACUGUUAGGUCCAUGCACCUGUCCUCUGUUUGGCACAUAUGGUAAAAGCACAGUGACACUCACAGGACUGGUACAGGACUGGACAAGGUAGCAUCAGACUAAGCUAAAAGUCACCUCACUAACACAUCUACAUUGCAUGUUACCAUUAUAAUCGUCAUUAUAGCCAACUUCUUCCUGUCCAGCCAGGAUGGAAAAAUGCAAAUCUUUGAAGUUGAUAAUCCUCAGGGUUGUCCUGGACGCUUAUUCUCUCUCCUCAAGGGCACGGGUGUGAUAUUCUUGUAACACCGCAUUCUCUCUGUUCCUUAAAACACACUGCAAAACAAGAUGACAACUCUCUUCACUCCCAAGAAUUGUACUUUCGUUUCGUAUCGCUCUGUGGUGACAAGAAUGCAAUACUCAAUUUCAUUGUUCUUGCCGAGGGAGGGACAGUUGUAAAAACAACGUGAGUGAAAUACAAAUGCAGCUGGGAGGUCCACUACAGGCACAGCUGAGUCAAUGUACAAUGUGCGACAGUUAAGUAGUGUCAAAGUCCCCACCGGCUGCGGGUCACUUGUCUUUGGUGGCAGAAACUCUAAUAUGGUGCAUGGUGCAAUGCAAGUAUCCGUGCUCUCGUGUUUGGAGUGGGUGGAUGUUAGGUUUUGGUUGAUUUUUCUAGUUGUGUUUUUGAUAUCAGUCGAUAUUUUCAAAAACAAACCUCCACAGAACUUCCCUCCAGGACCAUGGUCACUCCCUGUCAUCGGAGACAUCGUUCGUAUUGAUCCUUCUAAACUCCACCUUGAUUUGGCAAAGCUUAGAGAGCAAUAUGGGGAUAUUUUUAGUAUUCGACUGGGACCAAGGAUUGUUGUUCUGAAUGGUUUCAAACUAAUCAAAGAAGCCUUGGUCAAACACAGUGAAAACUUUGUGGAUCGGCCAGUCUUGCCAUUGAUGGAAGACAUCUUGAAAAACAAUGGUUUGAUUUUCUCCAACGGGUAUAUGUGGAAGCAGCAGAGAAGGUUUGCUCUCAUGACUCUGAAGAACUUUGGAGUGGGCAAGAGGAGUCUUGAGUCCUCCAUCCAAGUGGAGUGUAAGUGGCUGAAUGAAGCCAUUGGGAAUGAACAAGGCCGACCAUUUGACCCUCAGUUUGUUGUUAACAAUGGCGUCUCUAACAUUAUCUGUUGCCUGGUGUUCGGGGAUCGGUUUGAUUACAGUGAUGAAUACUUCCAAAAUCUGCUGAGAUUAAUAAAUGAAGCAGUCUAUUUAGAAGGAGGCAUUUGGGCUCAGAUGUACAACACAUUACCCUCGAUAAUGCGAAUAGUACCAGGACCCCACAGAAAAAUACUCACCCAUUGGGAAACGGUGCUCAACUUUGUGAAGCUGAAAAUUAAGGACCACAGAGAUGACUGGGACCCAUCAGCUCCCAGAGACUACAUUGACUGCUUCCUGAGUGAGAUGGAAAAGGUGGAAAAUGAUGUAGAGGCAGGUUUUAAUGAGGAGAAUUUGUGUUACUGCACACUGGAUCUGUUUGUGGCAGGAAGUGAGACCACAUCAACCACACUGUAUUGGGCUCUACUGUACAUGAUCAAGUAUCCUGAUGUACAAGCGAAGGUCCAGGCUGAGAUAGACAGAGUGGUUGGGCCAGAACGGCAGCCCUCCUUGGCAGACAGAGCCAACAUGCCCUACACUGAUGCUGUGAUCCAUGAGAUACAGAGGAUUGGAAACAUUGUGCCUCUAAAUUUGUCCCGAAUGACCACCAAAGACAUCACACUUGGAGGGUAUACCAUACCAAAGGGAACAAUGGUGAUGGGAAUUUUAACAUCUGUGCUCUUUGAUGAGUCUGAGUGGGAGACUCCACACGUCUUUAAUCCUGGACAUUUCCUGGAUGGAGAGGGGAACUUCAGAAGGAGAGAUGCCUUCAUGCCAUUUUCAGCAGGUAAGAGGGUGUGUCUGGGGGAGCAGCUGGCUCGGAUGGAGCUGUUCCUCUUCUUCACCUCUCUUCUGCAGAGGUUCACCUUCUCUCCUCCCCCGGGAGUGGAGCCCAGCCUGGACUUCAGAAUGGGAGUAACACUCAGCCCCAAGUCUUACAAGCUAUGUGCCACCUCCCGCUGAACAUAGCUCUGUUUGGUCAUGGACAACUAAUGCAGCAUAUCAGUCGAUAACCUACAUAGAAAUGCUUUUUGGUAAAUUCCCGCUGAACAUAACCAUGCUUUAUCUGGUACACCUCCUGGAGGGAUUCAUUCGAAAUGCCAUUCCUUUAUUGGAAAAUUAAGAUUUUGCUUUUGAACCACAGUAGCUAACCCUAAUGUAGCUUUGGGGUCAAAUUUAAUGAAGAUUAUUGCAGAAAUCUGAGACUUAAUGAAAUAAGAUCAUAUCUUCUAACUACAAAAUAUGGUAUGUACUUAUGUCAAUCAUUAACUGCUCAAGGUAUAUAGCAUCUUUUAUCCAAGGGUGUUCAAAGAAUGAGAUGUUGUGUUGGUCAACGUUAAGUUGGGUGGGAAGGCAGGGGGAACUCAGGAAGGAAAGGGACUGCUCUGGAGUCAGUAGUGUAGACUUUGUGGCUCACACUUGCAUAUAGUGAGAGCACUAUAUCUGCCAGUUUCCAUAUGCAUAUGUUGUAAUAAAUUUGUUGAUUAAAUUCUGUCUAUGGCUGGGUUCCUGACUCUCCUCAUUCACCUAGGGUCCUGGGGUGAGGUUGUUGCCUAUUAUAUAUAUCACAGUUAGUAAAGAGUUAUAGACC